UUCAGUUCACAGCAUCAGUACCGAAACUUGCGCUGUCCUUACCCUGCGCUGUUUCUUCUAGACAAAAAGAAUAAUAAUCUAAGCUAUUUAUAGCUGGUAAUCUAUAGCUAAAGGCUGGUGCCAGAUUUGGGUUCUCCAAGACCGGGUAUGCGCGUUUCCUUUUGAAGGAUAUGGUCACAACCCCGGUCUCAAAGUGGAGCCACGCACAUCUCGGAUCGGCGCGCUCCUCCAGGGGCUAGGAUGCGCGCCCGGAACGUCAAGGUUCUUUCCCGGGUUUGGGUCUGAACAGGAAUCCACUGCCCCGGGGCGCCGAGGCAGGAGGACCCAGUCGACCCGUACCAGGAUGCCGGUGAUGAGAGGUCUGCUGGCUCCGCAGAACACCUUCCUGGACACCAUCGCCACCCGCUUCGAUGGCACCCACAGUAACUUUGUCCUGGGUAAUGCUCAGGUGCAGUCCCUCUACCCUAUCGUCUACUGUUCUGAUGGCUUCUGUGAGCUGACCGGCUACGCCCGCGCCGAGCUGAUGCAGAAGAGCUGCGCGUGUCAUUUCCUGUACGGGCCGGAGACCAGCGACCAGCUGACGGCGAAGAUCCAAGGGGUGUUGGACGACAGGGGGGAGUUUAAGACAGAGCUGGUGUUCUACAAGAAGGGAGGUACCCAGUUCUGGUGUCUGCUGGACAUCGUGCCCAUUAAGAAUGAGAAGGGAGAGGUGGUGCUGUUUCUGGUGUCCCACAAGGACAUCACUGACAACAAGAAGGACCAGGACCCAGAGCAAGGCCCCGAGACUGAUGAGGAGACGGGUCUGGAGGUGCACAAGGUCACCCGUCCUCCAGGCUUCAACACCAACCGCAGACGCAGCCGGGCCGUGCUCUACCACCUGUCUGGACACCUGCAGAAACAGGACAAGAGCAAGAUUAAACUCAACAACAACAUGUUUGGGGACAAGCCUCCCAUCCCAGAGUACAAGGUGGCAGCCAUUCAGAAAUCCCGAUUAAUCUUGCUCCACUACGGGACCUUCAAGGCUGGCUGGGAUUGGCUAAUCCUGUUGGCUACCUUCUAUGUAGCAGUCACAGUGCCCUAUAAUGUGUGUUUCACUGUGGUGGGGGGGCGGGAUGAAGGAAGCUCCGCCCCCCGCAGCCCCCCCAGUGUGAGUGACAUCCUGGUGGAGAUCCUGUUUAUGCUGGAUAUCGCUUUGAACUUCCGGACGACCUUUGUGAGCACAUCGGGCCAGGUGGUGUAUGACGCUCGCUCCAUCUGUGUGCACUACGUCACCACCUGGCUGUUUGUUGACCUCAUCGCUGCCUUGCCCUUUGACCUGCUCUAUGCCUUUAACGUCAGUGUGUACUUUGGGGUCCACCUGCUGAAGACAGUGCGGUUGCUGCGCCUGCUGAGGCUGCUUCAGAAACUGGAGCGUUACUCCCAGUACAGUGCUGUAGUCCUCACCCUGCUCAUGUCCAUGUUCGCCCUGCUGGCCCACUGGAUGGCCUGCGUCUGGUACUUCAUCGGACGCAGAGAGAUCGAAAACAGCCCCAACUCUUGGGACAUUGGUUGGCUACACGAGUUGGGAAAGCGUCUGGGCACCCCUUAUUUCGUAUCUCCCCUGGCCACUCUGGCUCCUGAUUCGCUGCACCCUGCGAUUGUUUACUCCCUCCCUGCCAACAGCAGCCAAUGGAACGUGUCCGGGUCGGAGCUGGCGGGGCGGGACUCAUGGAACUCCAGCCAGUGGAAUGUCACAUGGAUGGGGGCUGGGGCUGGUGGGGUGGGUCAGGGUGGAGGGAUGCUGGGUGGGGGUCCAUCAGUGAGGAGCUCCUACGUGACGUCGCUGUACUUCGCUCUGAGCAGUCUGACCAGCGUGGGUUUUGGAAACGUCUCGGCCAACACCGACUCUGAGAAGAUCUUCUCCAUCUGCACCAUGCUCAUAGGAGCCCUGAUGCAUGCGGUGGUGUUUGGUAACGUGACGGCCAUUAUUCAGAGGAUGUACUCUCGGCGCUCCCUCUACCACACCCGUACCAAGGACCUGAAAGACUUCAUCAGGGUCCACCGUCUGCCCAAGGCCCUGGAGCAACGCAUGCUGGAGUGCUUCCAGACCACCUGGUCUGUCAACAACGGCAUCGACGUCAGUGAGUUGUUGAAGGACUUCCCAGAUGAGCUGAGGGCGGACAUCGCCAUGCACCUGAACAAGGAGCUGCUGCAGCUACCGCUGUUUGAGUCGGCCAGUAGGGGGUGUCUGCGCUCCCUGUCUCUCAUCAUCAAGACGUCAUUCUGCGCCCCGGGAGAGUAUCUCAUCCGCCAGGGAGACGCCCUGCAGGCCAUCUACUUUGUCUGCUCUGGGUCCAUGGAGGUGCUGAAGGACAACACUGUGCUGGCUAUACUGGGUAAGGAAACUUAGGGCACACACACACACAGACAGGCACACACACACGUAA